AUUACACUUCAACUCAAAUUAAUGACUUUAUUUGUUAUCUAAUUAGUCGCGAUUUAUCAAUGAAUGAAUCACGCCAAAAAGUGAUGCAAUUGAAAUGAAAUAACUGUUUUUCCUCCUCUCUGGUGGUCUGACUAGAUUUGAAGUAGUUUUUCUUUCUUUUUCUUUCCCUGUGUUUUCUACCAACAGUUGUGAUUUUUAUUUCAUAAAAAUCUAAGAGAACUGCAAUUAAAAACAGUUUCUUCCUGUUGAAGUGGCAGAAAUUAUUCAAGUCAAGGUUUCUUCAAAGUUUAGCUUCCUAUUCAAACUUCUAUUUCUCAGCAUUUUUUGUAAUUUUGCUGUUGCUAUUUUUAGAUUCUAUUCGACAGAUGAAUAAAUACUCCACAGCUAAGGAUCAGGAAAUGAGUCAUGGUCACCUUGAUGCUGAACUCCAACAAAGUAUGCGAAUGUUCCGGGCUCAGAGGAACUGCUACAUUGCAGGAUUUGCCCUAUUCCUUGCACCUGUCAUUCGUCGCUUGACUUCUUUACUAUCUAAGAAUGCAGAGUUGAUUGCAAGAGAGUGUGCUUCUUUGAAACAAGCUCAAAGUGCUGCAGAUGCUGCCAAAAACCUGAUGGCUGAGAAGGAAAAGAUGGAGCAGCAAGAGAGUAAAGACAAUAGACAGAAUGAAGAAUACGAAAAAAGAGUGAAAAGUCUGGAAUCUGAAUUAAAAGAAAAAUCACAGGAAUUGUUGAAAGCUCAGAAAAAUCUCGAAAGCAUGAAGAGUCAAGCGGAAGCUACAAAUAAAGAAUAUGACAGGUUAUUGGCUGAAGUUGAUGUGCUACAAAAACAAGUUGUAAAAAGUGGUGGCGAAGGAGAUAAGAAGAAUGAAUAAGGUUUGUGAUAUUAUUGUGCUCCUGAAUAAAAAUUCACCAAAGUGCAUAUUUUAAUGGACACUAUUUGGGAAUAACCAAUAACAAUGUUUUACAUCCUGUAGUUUAUUUUGUUUAAAAACCAUGAUAACAAAAUAUUUUUUUUUGUACUUGCUUUCAUUAACAUUCACUCACUUUGAUUAUCGUUUUAAAGAAUGGCUCUAUCAUAUUUGUGAAUUCUGUAUUGAAUAUGUAAUUUUGUGCCAUUUUGCUUGGAAAUAAAAGAACAAAUAGGCAUA